AUGGCGGCGGCGCGGCGGGCGCGGCCCGGAGGGCCCCGCGCGGGGCCGGGGUUCGGGCGGGCGGCCGAGCCGGAGCCCCCGGUGCCGCAGGGGCUGCUGCGGGCGGCGCGGCGAAGCGGGCAGCUCAACCUGGCGGGACGCGGCCUCCGCGACGUGCCUCCACAUGUGUGGCGGAUCAACGUGGACACUCCGGAGGAGGCCCAGCAGAACCUGUCCUUUGGAGCUGCAGAUCGCUGGUGGGAGCAGACCGACCUCACCAAGCUCAUCCUUGCCUCCAACAAGCUGCAGAGCCUCUCGGAGGAUGUGCAGCUGCUGCCUGCCCUCACCGUGCUGGAUGUGCAUGAUAAUCAACUGACAUCACUUCCUUCUGCUUUAGGACAACUAGAAAAUCUCCAGAAACUUGAUGUCAGCCACAACAAGCUGCAGAGCCUCCCUGAGGAGCUGCUGCAGCUGCCCCGGCUGAGGAGCCUCCUGCUGCAGCACAACGAGCUGAGCCACCUCCCCGAGGGUCUGGGGCAGCUCCUCAGCUUGGAGGAAUUGGAUGUGUCCAACAACCACCUCACAGACAUUCCAACAAGUUUUGCUUUGCUCGUUAACUUGGUGCGGCUCAAUUUGGCCUGUAAUCAGCUCAAGGACCUGCCUGAAGAUCUCAGUGCCAUGAAAAGCUUGAGACAGCUGGAUUGUACCAAAAACUACCUGGAAACUGUACCUUCUAAAUUAGCAACUAUGGCAUCGCUGGAGCAGCUUUACCUGAGGAAAAAUAAACUGCGUUCCUUGCCAGAGUUUCCCUCCUGCAAAUUACUGAAGGAAUUACAUGCUGGUGAGAAUCAGAUUGAAAUCCUCAAUGCAGAGAAUCUGAAACACCUGAAUUCCCUGUCUGUGCUGGAACUCAGAGACAACAAGAUCAAAUCAGUCCCUGAGGAGAUCACUCUGCUGCAGAAGCUGGAGCGGCUCGACCUGGCCAACAAUGACAUCAGUAGGUUGCCUUAUACAUUGGGGAACCUUCCUCAGCUGAAAUUCCUGGCACUGGAGGGAAAUCCUUUGAGAACCAUCCGGAGAGACCUGCUGGAAAAAGGCACCCAGGAACUUCUGAAAUAUCUGAGAAGCAAAAUCCAAGAUGAUGGACCUGGCCCCAGUGAAGAGCCUCCUGUGACAGCCAUGACCCUUCCCAGCCAGGCAAGGGUGAACAUGCAUGCCAUAACCUCACUGAAAUUACUGGAGUACAGUGAGAAGCAGGCAGCAGAGAUCCCUGAGGAGAUGUUCGAUGCCGUGGGCACCAACCCUGUGGCCACUGUCAACUUCAGCAAGAACCAGCUGAGAGAGGUGCCCCCAAGGAUUGUGGAGCUGAAAGACUCAGUUUGUGAUGUCAACCUCGGCUUCAACAAAAUCUCCUCCAUUUCCCUGGAGCUGUGCAGGCUCCAUAAAUUGACACAUUUGGAUCUCAGAAACAACGUUUUGACAUCUUUACCCAAGGAAAUGGAGGCACUGACAAGACUGCAGAUAAUCAAUCUUGCUUUUAACAGAUUUAAGGCCUUUCCCAGUGUCCUCUAUCACCUCCCAGCCCUGGAGACCAUCCUGCUCAGCAACAACCAGGUGGGGUCCAUUGACCCGCUGCAGCUGAAGGGGAUGGACAUGCUGGGAACGCUGGACCUGCAGAACAAUGACCUCCUCCACGUGCCCCCAGAACUGGGGAACUGUGAAAACCUGAGGACCCUGCUGUUGGAAGGGAACCCAUUCCGCACCCCCCGGGCUGCGAUCCUGGCCAAGGGAACGGCUGCAGUGCUGGAAUACCUGCGGAGCCGCAUUCCCACCUGAGCCAGCUCCUGCCCUGGGCCAGCAGGGAUCACACGACAGGGGGCUCCACUGCCUCUCUCCUCCUCCUCCUCCUGCCCGGUCCAAAGCAUCCAUGAGGCUGUUUGUGUGUUAAGAAAGAACUGACCUGUAAAACAUUCCCUGGAUGCAUGUUCCAAUGGGGAUCUCAGCAUCCCACGCUCUGUUUACACUGUUUGUGAUAAAGGAGCCAUGGUGCUCUCUGCAGGCCAGCUGAGCUUUCAAGACAGUUGUCAAAUCAAAGCCUUUGGGCAAAAGGGAACACUUGAUUUUUGUAUCCCUUUUUUGGUCUCUUUUCACUGCUCCCCCAAAAUUGAUUCCUGGUCUGUGUGGUAAAUGCUGGAGCUGUGAGGGGGUGACCAGGAGUGAGAGGUACCCCCCGCUUUGUGCAUGGCUCACCUGAGGGCAAGAAAGUGGCCGUUGUUGGCAGCUGCACUAAGACAAUAAAUCUGUCCCCUUGGA